AUGCUUCACACUUCUUCUUCGGCACCGGAAACGCUGCAAGAGAACGAAGAUGACUCUAUGUACGUGGUUCGUCGUGUCCUCUUCGUAAUGACGAGAUAGUCGCUCCCGCCCGCGUUCGUCACUGGCUUCGCUAUUGCUUAUAUACCUAGUCAUCUCCACUGACAUUACUCCAUACUUUUGUGAUUGUACAUGCGUAUAUGCGCCUAUGGCACACUGUUCAAAGACCCGAGCUUGUACAAGAGCGGGCCAAGGUGCCUCUAACAAUCCUCACAGGAUACCUCGGUGCAGGUAAAUCAACGCUUCUCGAGUACAUCCUAACUCAACAACACGGAUAUCGUAUCGCCGUCAUCAUGAACGAAUUCGGCGACACGGGGGACAUCGAAUGUGAGCCCAGAAAAUCUGCCUCGGGCCCUAGGGCAUAAGCCCGAGCAUUUUGGCGCAACAUGGGCUAGUCCGGCUCAUUCUUGUGUUGCCAAACAUCUCCUCGUCAUCACCCUGAAAUAGCCAAAGCGAUCAACGUGUCGUCCGGCAGUGACUCGGUUGAAGAAUGGCUCGAUCUCAACAAUGGAUGCCUUUGUUGCUCGGUCCGCGACACAGGACUGUCCGCGAUUCUGACGCUCAUGGAGAAGAAAGGCCGCUUCGAUCACAUCAUCCUUGAAACAACAGGCCUGGCUGAUCCCGCCCCGAUCAUUCAAGCGUUCUGGAACGAGCCAGCACUUUGUUUGGGUAAGCUGCUCAUUCGUGCCUUGGACCAGUGAUUGGCGAGGACGUCCACUGAGCUUGGCUCGAGUUCCCUGGUCGUCCUCACAGACGUGGUGCUUGACGCAGUUGUAACCGUAGUUGACGCACAGGGAAUCGAGGUAGUAAGUGACCUGAAGCCGCUUCCUACAUUAUACGCUAGCCUGGUAACCGUAUUUUGUACCCUCGUGGCAGCAAUUACGAGAACAGCGAAAGGACGGUGUUGAAAACGAGGCGCAAAGGUCCGUCCACUCGUCGGGACUAUAUCCCGCGAAGAUUCGCUGAUCCAUUCUUGUGGUGCCUCACCCCCGUUAGGCAAGUUGGUUCUUCAGAUGUUAUACUAUUGAACAAGGUCGAUUUGUCAACACCACAUCUUCUUGACCGUAUCGAGCUUGCGCUUCGGUGGGUUCCCGUCCUUGCCAACGUGGUGCUCAUUUGCCGGCGCUGAGAAUCACAACGUCGAUGUGCCCAGCGCUUUGAAUCCAACGGCCCUAGUACAUCGUACGACUAGGGCCGCGAUACAACUUUCUGCCGUACUGAACCUCAACAUGUACACUGCUUCUACGUCUUUCGACAUCUCGUUCCCCUCAUCGGACCCCAAGACAGGCUUGGCCUUAUCUCAUCUUCACACCGACCAGUGCGGGGUCGAAGGUCGCUGUCAAGAACAAGACUUGACGCACCAAAACGAUAUCACGAGUGUUUCCAUUGGGCUACCCUACCUUACGGAGCACGAUAUACGCCUGGGCACGUUCUAUCGAGUUAUUCGAGAUUUGCUGUGGGAAGGAAUGGUGCCGGACGAAGAGCCCACAACCGCCUCUCCCUCACAUCAAGCUGAGUCCGUCAGUAUUCUCCGGACCAAGGCCUUGCUGCACGCCCACGAUACAGGUCGGACGUUCGUUUUGCAAGGCGUCCGAGAAGUUUUUGAUCUAUACGAGGUGGCGUCAAUGGACGCUCAAGCUGUGCAGGGUGCCAUGCCCCUGUCAAAACUGGUCCUCAUAGGUAGAGGUUUGAUCUCUUCAAGGAUUGAGCAUCGAAUUUUGACUGCGCUCAGAGUAUGA